GAGUUUAUUAUGGAGUAUGAUAAAGCGCACCCAGGACACAAAACCUAUACGACUAUUCGGCACUACUUGAAGGCGGAGGAGCAACUGAGACGAUUAAUUUUGGAAUCGGACGGUAAUUGGGAGGCGGCGCAGCAGAAAAAGCUAACUGCCUUUGAGGAGGUUGCCAUUUCAUCCAGACAUGAAAUUCCUAGUAAUGUGGCUAAUGCGGGUAUUGUGAGAAAUGUUUUUCCUCAAACUGGGGUUCUUAGUGGGUUUUCUCCAUCUUCUCAACUAAAUGAGAAUUGGAUACGUUUACAUAUGCAAAUUAUGGAUGAGCAGACAAAACUGAUGAAGGCGUAUAAUGACAAACGUUUCCUGAACGCGUCUGUAAAUAAAACAAUCUCUCUUUGCUAUGAACAUGGCUGUGAUGGGGUGGCAGGACGUUUAAAAAGAGAAUUUGGCGUGUCUGACAGGAUGCAUUGUUGGUCCAGGCUGAAUGCAUACACGAAGACGUCACAGUGGGAACUCAUUGACCAACUUGGUGACGUUAGAAAAAAAGUUAGGCCUGUCAUUGGAGCCCCUGCCUUUAUCAACACACUACUUGCUUGCGGGCGCCCAGAACACGCUAAGAAAUAUAUACCCAAAGUCCCACAAAUUGAACAACGAAUGGAGUAUUAUGUCUUGUGUGGUGAUUGGGAAGGGGCCGGGGCAGAUUGCCGUCGUAAUGGGGAACCGGACCUACUUGCACAGCUGAAGGAACGUGUCAAAGGAAAUACUUGUGCGGCGCAGCGUAUUGACAAAGGGUGGAACUCUGUCCCAGAGUCGGGGGCAUUAAAGCUGGUCAAGUUUUUUGCUUAG